AUGGUCAAGCCACUAACAUUCAAAGGCGACAAGAAGACGAAAAAGAGGAAGAGGGUCGAUACAGAAGAUAAAUUCGGCCCCGAGGGGUCAACGCCAAAGGAACUUGUCAAACGAGAAGAAGAAAGUCAAGCUGUGGACGAUGACAGCUGGGUUACCGCAGAAGCUACAGGAGAUGUUGUAGGGCCUAUCAUUUUUGUUCUGCCAUCAGAACCGCCGACAUGUAUAGCUUGUGAUACGAAUGGGAAAGUCUUUGCCAGUGCCCUGGAGAACAUCAUCAACGAUGAUCCUGCGACGGCGGAACCACACGACGUGAGGCAAGUUUGGGUCGCAAAUAGAGUAGUUGGCACAGAGACCUUCAGUUUCAAAGGCCAUCAUGGAAAAUACCUGAGUUGCGAUAAAUAUGGAAUAUUAUCCGCCAACACAGAAGCCGUAUCACCCCUCGAAUCUUUCCUCAUAAUCCCAACAGCAGACACUCCAGGCACAUUCCAAAUUCAAACAUUAAGAGAUACGUUUGUGACGAUCAAGUCCUCGACGUCCUCCAAAUCGAGCGCUCUUCCAGAAAUACGUGGAGAUGCAGAUGCUAUAACUUUCAACACCACUCUUCGAAUAAGAAUGCAAGCACGGUUCAAGCCGAAAUUAAAGGCUUCAAAAGAAGAGAAGGCAAAGGAAAAGAUCAGUAGGAAGGAACUUGAAGAAGCUGUGGGAAGAAAAUUAGAUGAUGAUGAAGUUAAGAGAUUGAAGAGGGCGAGGAGGGAGGGUGAUUAUCAUGAGGCACUAUUGCUCCUUAAGGUUAAGAAUAAGCAUGAUAAGUACUCUUGA